AUGCAGACUAAAUCCGUAUCGUCAAGCAGGCCAUCACUACUGGGUUGGCUAAUGCACUUCAUACCAGCACCAGAACUGCAAACAGAGCCAAUCCUCAAUAAAAGUCUAAGGAAAACAGAGGGAAAACAGAAGAGGCGUAAGGAACGUGACGCUAAAGCUAAAUCUGAUAAUGAGGAGGAUGGUAUUCUUGCCGAUUACAUCGCCAGCCUCAAGGAAAACACCGAAGUAUCGAAAUGUCUCAAGGGCAAGCGUAUUGAGCAUGGGCCCGUUCUAAGGUUAUCUGCAUCGGGACCAGCCCGCACGGCAAAGGCAUCCUCCCGUCGUUCGCGUCGGACCUCGACUACUCGCCCGUGUUGUGCUAGGGGUGUAUGCUAUCCGUCCAGGCCACGUCGCGGGCGAUGGUGGAGUGCCCUGUCAAGAUGGACCAGAAAUCCUCAUCGAAGAGGCCUCAAAACGACAACAUAUUUCCCAUCAGAUCUGAGUACAUGUCGAUAUUCGAGGCGAUGUUGA